AUGAAUUCCUUUGCCAUCCUUGCCCGCGCCGCCCUGGGGCUCCUGGCCUGGGUCUCGGUCGCCUCCACCCCGCUGCUGAUACAGCCCGGCCCAGCCUCAGCUGUUACACUGUCCCGUCAACCAGCUGCCCUGCAAGACAUGAAGCAGAGACCUGCCGAAGUGUCGUGUAAACCAGGGUUCUACCUCUCAGUGGAGUGCAAGUGCUGCUUGCGCUGUGAGGCUGGCAUAGAGUACACCAGUUACACGAACUCCCUGCCUACCUGCAUGCAUUGCUCGGAGUGUCGAGAAGAUCAGGUAGUGAAGACUGCCUGUACCACAACCUCGAAUACAGUGUGCCAGUGUAAAAAUGAUACUUUCCGGACGACAGAAGCCCCCGAGUUCUGCCAGCGAUGUAGAGAUAGGUGUCCCGAGGGCGAGGUUGAGGUGGUCUCUUGUGACUCCUGGCAUGACCGCAAGUGUGUGCCCAAGGCUGCUGGGGGGACCGGAGCUCCUGAAAAGCCAGUGAACACCACCACGGAGCCUCCUACUUCUACUUCUUCUCAUCUGGAAUGGGUGAUAGGAGGCAUCCUCGGCUUAGUUAUGAUAGGGUUCUGUGUUAGGUAUGUUGUUUGUACGAACCGGAAUCUGUCCAGCAUCUGUCCAGGUCCAGGUGGUUUAGCAGCCCUCAAAACGGCCUUCUCCAAGUGUUGCACAAGACCGGCUGAGGUUCAGGACAAUAACCACAAUGAGACUCUGAGUCUCGGACCUCUCCCCUCUACCGUGCACGUGGAACAAGAAACAGGAAGACCAAACCGGGCGACACGUGCCGACGCGCGGUCCCCAGGGGAGGCCCAGUGUCUGCUGGAGGGACCUGCAAAGAAAAGGUUGCUUGUUCCGGUGGAUGGUGUAGACCCCAUUGAGACCCUGAAGCUGUCCUUCAUCUACUUUCAAUCUGUCAUUCCCUUGAAGUCGUGGGACAAGCUCAUGAGGCAGAUGGGCCUGUCCGACAACGACAUCCUCCUAGCCCGAGCGGUAGCACCGCACGACGCUCUGUACGAAAUGCUGCUCAGGUGGCUGCAGAAGACAGGACGGCAUGCCUCCCUCAACACCCUGCUCGACGCCUUGGAAACCCUGGGGGAGAGAUGCGCCAGGGACAAAAUUGAGGACCACGUGGUGCACUCUGGGAAGUUCGUCUACGAAGAUGAUGUGGCUGGGCCCAGGGCCGGGGGCUCCCACCCGUGCUCCCAGCUGAGAGCUGAGGACCACGGUUCAAAGCCAGCCCAGGCAGGAAAGCCCUUGCCCUGCACCGGGGCAUCUUCUGUGUCUGCCUCCCUGGAAUCGGAGCACCCAUUGCCGGGGGAGAUAGAGUUCCGCACCUCCUCUCUCCCCGCUCUGGCUCCCCGAGGUGCAGUGCAGGAGGGGGACACUGCACCGGGGGGUAACAGUACCCCCCUAUACCCCCCAUACCCCCUCAUACCCCGGGCCUGGUGCUCUGCCCAUGCCCACCACCUCCCCCGGCCUGCCGGAGCCGCCGCUGGGAAAGCCGAAGGCGAGUCUUCCCGUGUCCUCCGGCCGCCAUUCUCCAGCACGCGGGGCUCCGCCUCGAGCUCAGACGCCUUCACCUCUCGCCGACUGCGUGGACGUGCUCGCGGAACCUUCCCGACCCUCACGUCCACGGACGGAGAGACACGGCGGGGGGACGGGCCGGAUGGUCGCUGCUCACGGGGAAGGGGCCCGGCCCCCCUGCACCAAGCAGAGAUCCAAACAGCGCAGCCGCCGCCGGCCGGAGCUCUCCCCCUCUCCCCGCGACGGCUGCGGCAGGGCGCCAGCGCUCCGGGCUCGUUCCCGCACCCCGCUUCCCGGCAGGCGGCUCCCCGGCCUGGAUCUGGGGGCUGCGCAGGCAGCGCUGUUGGGAUCCGGCUCCCCGCUGGCUGGCGAGGACGGCUCGGCCCCUAG